AUGUUUCGCAGGCCAAUUUUCUUCCUUUCCAAACAUUUAUCGCGGCCGAAAUUACGAUCAGCUUCCUCUGUUCCUUCAAAGGCACCCUAUGCUCUGAAAAAUUUACCUCAUAUUUUCCAACCCAAAAUUCUUGCUGGUGCAACCGUUAUCACGGGGUCUUAUUUCUUCUAUCUCUGGUAUUUUGACUACGAAAAAUUUCCCUCUUCUUACCUAAAAAAUUUCGAAGCUGUGAUAUAUCGCCGCCUUCCCUCCAAUGCUUUUUCACACUUCAUUGGCACUGUAAGCGAUAUCAACAUCCCACCAUUUCUUCGACGUUUUGUUUUUGGGAUCUAUGUGUCACUAGCUCACUGCAAUAUGGAGGAAGCUAAAGAACCAAAUGUCGCAAUAUACUCUACUUUGGGCGAGCUCUUCUCUCGUGAGCUUGCACCCGGAAUUCGGACAGUUGAUAAAAGUGCUAUGCUCAAUUGUCCUUGUGACGGAACCGUUGUCUACGCUGGUCCUGUGGAUGGCGAUCAGCAGCCAUUGUUGGCUCAAGUGAAAGGGAAGACAUAUAGCGUUGAAGAGUUUCUGGGGCCUCUGCUUCCUGAAAAGCAUUUGCGACCUAAAGCUGAGGGCAGCAAUAGCCGUCUCUACCAAUGUGUGAUCUAUCUUUGCCCAGGGGAUUAUCAUCGCUUCCACUCUCCCACUGACUGGAUUGUCAAGGUGCGUCGACACUUUACAGGAAAGUUGCUUUCUGUGCGUCCCUCCUUCGUUCAGAAAAUUCCCGGCGUCUUUACUCUCAACGAACGUGUGGUGUACCUCGGUGAAUGGCGCUACGGUUUCAUGAGCCUAACAGCAGUUGGUGCCGCAGGUGUUGGGUCGGUGGUAGCAUCCGGAAGUUUGGAUCCAUCCCUCAACACAAAUCCACGUUCGCUCGAGCCUCAAAGGGCCCUGGAACCGGGUCUUCAUUUCGAUGAGGUAUUCAUUCCAACUGCUGUGGAAAAACUGACUUCUGGGGCUCCCGUUGGGUACUUUAAGAUGGGUUCAACCAUUGUCUUGGUGUUUGAAGGACCUGAUAGUGGCUUUGAAUGGACCGUGAAAUCAGGAGACAAAGUCAAAUUCGGACAGGCGCUGAUGCGAAAGGAGAGGAAUUAG